UCGCGACCAUAAACAAUAUCACCAAUGUUAAUUAACCAAAAUAGGACUUUUCGUCAAAAUAAGUAUUAUUUAGUGUUAAAAAUAUUUUGAAUUACUUAGUGCAAUGUUUGAUUUAAUCCGGUUUUUUGGAUUGAAGUGAAAGUUUAAAUUCAUUAAGGGACGAUUGAUUGCUGAUAAAGAUGUUUUUGAGACAACUUCGAACUUUACAUAUACCACACAACUAUGGGCCAGCUUUGACAGGAGCUGUGGACUCCAGAUUGUGUCUUUUCUGUCACAACCGACAUAUUGCAAACAGAUCCAAAAGCAAACACAUCAGCAAGCAUGGCCGCCAGGUUAAGGGUCAGAAGAGUGCUCCAGCUAUUGUCACUCCACCGACAGUCAUGGAGCUUUUCAAGCCAGCCGUAGUUGAACCAAACAUAGACACCAAGGAAAAUGAUCUUGGUGAAGAACUCGCCGGCAAGCUGUCAAAAGAAACUAUUGCCAAAGUCCUUACACAGUUCAGAUUGGACAAGGCUGUUCAAAGUCAAGCAGAGAGUCAAAAUAUCACUGGCCAUGUUAUAGAGCAGAGUAUGCAGGGAUUUAUGCGCUACUGCCUCAAGUCCAACCCCCUGCCUCCCGCCCUCCAUAUUGCGCUCAAAGACAUUGACAACAACGCAGGUCAUGUGACGGACUUGCUGCCUUUCUUCCUGGAUCAUGCACGCCAAAUGUUCCCGCACAUCGAGUGUAUAGACGAACUGGCCCUGAUCAGCGACCUAACUGUCCCUACCAACUGGUUUCCAAUGGCACGGAGUAUGGAUAGGAAGAUCAUAUUCCACGCAGGUCCUACCAACAGUGGGAAGACGUACCACGCCCUCAAGGCAUUCAUGGAAGCAGGGACAGGCGUGUACUGUGGGCCUCUCAGGCUUCUUGCUAUGGAGGUGUACGACAAGGCAAACAAUCAGGGUGUACCAUGUGACCUGGUUACUGGGGAGACUAGGAAGUUUGCCCAAGAGGAUGAGACGCCUGCCAACCAUAUCUCCUGUACGGUGGAGAUGCUGAAAACUGACACAGAGUACGAUGUUGCUGUGAUAGAUGAGAUACAGCUGAUAGGUGACCAACAACGAGGGAGCUCGUGGUCUCGUGCGCUGCUUGGGAUUGCUGCACGGGAGAUCCACGUGUGUGGGGAGGAGACCGCCAUUGACCUGGUAGAGAAGCUCACAUACAUGACUGGCAGAGACUCUUUUGAGGUCAGAAGAUAUGAACGACUGACAAAGUUGGAGUAUCUGGACGAAGCCUUAGUGAGCCUGGACAAUCUCCGAGAUGGUGACUGUAUUGUGUGUUUCCGCACAUUGGACAUUUUCAACCUGCUCAACAAACUACGAGAGCGUAAAAUCAAGGCUGCAGUCAUCUACGGCAAUCUUCCUCCAGGUACCAAGAUCAAGCAGGCUGCCCUGUUUAAUGACCAGGAAAAUGACUGUAACAUUCUUCUUGCCACGGAUGCUAUUGGCAUGGGCCUCAAUCUUUCUAUAAAGCGGAUCAUAUUCUACUCUGUGACGAAGAUUGGCCUGCGACAUGAUGGUCUGAAGACGAACAUGCCACUGACAACAUCACAGGCCCUGCAGAUUGCGGGCAGGGCAGGAAGAUUCAAGACAAGGUUUCAGGACGGAGAGGUUACAACAUACUUCCAGAAAGAUCUCAGUGUACUUAAGAAGAUUGUGGGUCAGGAGAGGCCAAACGUAACGAAAGCGGGUCUCACUCCAACAGUGGACAUGAUAGAAUCAUUCUCUUACCUUCUGCCACAUGCAAGCCUCUCCAACCUAUUGGAUAUAUUUGUGUAUGUGGCCAAGAUGAAUGAGAGCUACUUUAUGUGUAAUCUGGAGGAUAUGAAGGCUCUUGCCCAGGUGUUGCAGGAUAUCCCCAUGAACAUGAGGUCAAAGUUCACCUUUUGUGUUGCCCCUCUCAAGAUCAAGGACGGAUUUCCCAGGAUCAUGUUUAAAAAGAUGGCAAAACUGUUGAGUGAAGGCCAUAGUCUGAACUUUCCCUGGCUGUCCAAGAACCUGGGGAUUCCCUUCAAGCCACCCCGCACCAUUGCCGAGCUUCAGCAUCUACAGGCCGUCUUUAACGUCAUAGACAUCUACCUAUGGCUCAGUUACCGGUUUACCAUGUUUGAUGACAUUGAGCUGGUGCAGGAUCUGCGUGUGGAGGUUGACACCAUGAUACAAUCCUAUCUCCGCUUUUUGAACAGCAACAAGGAAACUGAUGAGAGUCGAUUGGACAGUAUCGUAUCGGACAAUAGCCUAACCGACAACCCUCUCAGACAGUACCAGGCUGUCCCGAAGAAGCAGCCAACUAAUGAGAUCAUGGAUAUACUAUUUGGGGAGAAACUACAGACAGAUGUGAGGUCUAGGCAACAGGUUGACAGAAAGACUGUGUCAGAGGCUGCUGAACAACCUGUUCUCAACAAAUCAGAGACUAAUGCAAAGAGCACACCUCAUAUGCCAAGUGAUUUCACAGAUUUUACAUGGAAGCCACCAUCUACUGAAGAUGAAGACAUUAUAUUUAUAUCCUCUACGUCUAAGACCCCUGCUGUUAGUCAUUUAAAGAAUACAUGGAGGUCAUCAUCUACUGAAGAUGAAGACAUUUUUAUAUCCUCUACGUCUAAGACCCCAGCUGUUAGUCAUUCAAAGAAUUUAGAAGCAGUUCAGACCUGUUCAAAUUCAGAGAUUUUGAAUUCAUCUGUUGAACAGAUGGAGUCUGACACUGAGCCCAUUGAUGAUUUGGAGGAUUUCACUCAGCAGAUUGCAAAAUCAAAUACAUCAUCAUCAACACCUAAAGUCAUCAAUUUUUGGUCAGAUUCCGAAAUUAAGCCUGAUGCUAAUGUUUCUGACAACACAGUAUUUAAAAACACUGCUGAUGUUAUAUCAAGGGAUUCAGUAACCCGUGAUGCUAUUGCUGAUGAGUAUGGCUCAAUAGAAGAUGAAAUUGAUAACCAUUUAAAAAACAAACUCAUAAGGGAUACAGAAUUUCCAAUACAACUGGAGCCUUCUGAGUUAAAUGAAGUAUCUAUUGAUGAAAAUGACACUGACUUCGUGAAAGCAUUUACUAGAGCCAAACUUGAACAGAUGAAUGCAAUGAAUAACACCUCUAAGCAAACUAGCUCAGUCAUGGAAAAACAUGGCAAAAUUGCUCAGCAACUGUUGAUGAAAAAGGUUUUAUCACCAAGAAUUUUGGAAGCUUUACUUAAAGAGUGGGAUCAAGAAAAGCAAAAAUAGAACACUGAACAAAUUGACUAACAAUCUUAUUAUGGAUGCGCUGUUAGGGGAUUUAAAACAGACGGAUGUGAGGUGGACGGAAAUACAGUGGCACGGACGGAUGUGCAACCUGUUUUCAGCCAGUGAGUGACUGCUGCAAAGAACACACCUGAAAUACAAUUGUAUGUUUUGUAUUAAAUAUUGAAAUUCUAAAUAUGCACUACACAAACCAUACAUAACCAUUGGUUUUAUAACGUGUCUAUUAUAAGUGUUGCAGUGAGAAAAAAACAAAUGUACAAACAAAUAAAUAAGCUUUUGUCAAACUCUAA